GGUUUGUUGUUUGGGAUUACCUAUUUCAUGGACUGCUGAUCUUUACAGUUUUUUCUAAACUCCAUUUUUUAUUGCCCCCUCUCUUGGCAGCUGUCAUUUAUUGACUGUCGCAUGUAACCCAGGCUAGCUUUGAACUGCUGAUCCUCCUAGCACUACCUCUUGAGUGCUAGGAUGAAGGCUUUGCCCACAGUACCAGGAGUGGUACGUGUUGCUAUUGUUCUGGCUGAAAAUGUGCAGCCUGAGAGAGACGGUAUGAGCAAUCGUAGCUGUGCCUUACUGAAACUGCUAAUUCUUGGAGGACUUCAGGUCCUGUUCUAAUAUGCAGUGGGCAUCCUUCCAACUGAGGCAAGGACUGUUCGUUGUGUAAGGAGCUAUGCUAACACGGGCGACCCUGUGACCAGCAGGAAGGGCAAAGAGUGCCUACUUUGUGAAAAGAGCCAGCUCUGGGAAGCAAGAGCAAGCUCUGCUUAAAUGCAAACUUUGUUUGGCUGGCCAGUUCUUGUCUUUUGAGCUGGGCUUCCUCCCUUAGGGAGCUGCUUCUGUCACUCAGGCCUCGCAAGCCAAUCAGGUUAGCUAAGCGGGCCGCCCAAUCAGGAUCUCCGGAGGACGGACUCUUCCCGGCCGCCGUGCUGAGCGGCCGAGAGAUGUGCAAGUGGGUUCCUCCGUCGCUGUGAGCGCUGGUACCGGGAGCUGUGCGGAGGACGUGGGCGUGCUCGGAAGCCGCGCCAUGAGAAUUGGCUCAUUUCUUCUAAGUUACUAAAUAUGUGCUCUGAGGUUGUUUCAUAGUAUGCCUUUGUGAUUCUUUUAAUCUUCAUGCUAAUGAUGGCCCUAUAUAAUUCUCUCAUUCAAGUACUGACCAGGCCCGAUCCUGUUGAAUUUCCAAGAUUACAUGAGAUUAGGAGUCCUGAUAUGAUCAUUGGGGUUUCCUGUCAAGGAUUGUAAAGGAACAUGUCUUCUCUGUUAUCAGGGUUAUGACUGUGGCUCUCAUCGGCUCAGCUGCCUGCUAAAGACUAGGAUUUUUUGGCCUUUGAGGAUGUGGCUGUGAAAUUCAGCCAGGAAGAAUGGAUUUUGCUGGAUCCUUCUCAGAAGAAGCUAUACAAAGAUGUCAUGCUAGAAACCUGCAGUAAUCUUACUUCUAUAGGAAUCAAAUGGGAAGACCAAAACAUUGGAGAGCAGUACAAACAUUCUUGGAAAUACCUAAGAAGGUACAUGAUAGAUGCAAUUUAUGAGCAUAAAGAAGGUAGCCAGUUUCAAGAAACCUUUACCUGGAUACCAAAUCUCUGUAGGAGUACAAAAUUUUCUAUUGAAGUAAAACCAUUUGAAUGUGGUUUGUGUGGACAAGUUUUCACGUGUCAAUCAUCCUUUAAUGAACACAUCAUGUCGCACUUGGGGGACAAACCAUCUGAACACAAAUACGGUUCAUUUGCGAUACAACAGCAAAGUCAUAGUGGUGAAAGAUCCUAUAAGCAAUUUGGAAUGGCUUUUGUUAGCCCCUUUUCACCUUCUGUAGAUGGAAGAACCAACACUGAAGAUAAAUAUUACGAAUGUAAACAGUAUAGUAAAGCUCUGAGUUCUUCUAGUACUCUUCAGAGUCAUGAAAGAGUUCAUACUAGAGAAAAACCCUAUGAAUGUAAACAGUGUGGAAAAACCCUCUGUUCUCCCAGUUCCCUUCAAGAUCAUGAAAGGAUUCACAGUGGAGAAAAACUUCAUGCAUGUAAACAGUGUGGUAAAACUUUCAAAUGUCAAAAUUACCUUCGAAUACAUGAGAGAAGUCACAUUGGAGAAAAAUUCUAUGACUGUAAACAGUGUGGUAAAGCUUUCAGAAGUCACUGUUCCCUUCAAAGACAUAAAAUAGCUCAUCCUGAGAAAAAACCUUAUCCAUGUAAACAGUGUGGUAAGUCAUUCACUUAUCUGUAUUUACUUCAGGCACAUGACAGAUUUCACACUGGAGAAAAACCAUAUAAAUGUAAGUUAUGCAGUAAAGCAUUCCAUUGUUCCCUUUUUCUUCAAAGGCACAAAAGGUCUCAUGCUUGGGAAAAACCCUGUAAAUGUAAACAGUGUGGUAAGACCUUCAGAAGUCACAAUUCCCUUCAGUUGCAUUCAAGGACUCAUACUGUAGGGGAACCUUAUAAAUGUAAGAUAUGUAGUAAAGCCUUUCUGUGUCCUCUUUUUCUUCAAAGACAUGAAAGAACUCACACUGAGGAAAAGCCCUUUGAAUGUAACCAAUGUAGUAAAAUCUUCAGAGACUGGAGUACCUUCCAAGUACAUGAAAGAGCUCAUGCUAUAGAAAAGCCCUAUAAAUGUAAGAUAUGUAGUAAAGCCUUUUUUCAUUUCUCUUCCCUGGAAAGACAUGAAAAGAUUCAUACUGGAAGAAAACGAUAUGCAUGUAAAUAUGUAUGUAAGCAGUGUGGUCAGUCCUUCAUUUUUCCUUGUUUGCUUGAGAAGCAUUUAAGAACUCACACUGAUGAAAAGCCCUAUGAAUGUAAACAAUGUGGUAAAGCAUUUAGGAGUCUCACUUAUGUUCGCAUACAUAAAAGAACUCACACUGAAGAAAGGCUGUUUGCAUGUAAACAGAGUAGUAGAAGUCUCAGUUGUCCCAGUGCCCUUCAGUUACAUGAACUAACUUAUCCUGCAGGAAAACCCUAUGCAGGUCAACAAUCUGAUAAAACUGUCAGAAGAUUCAGUUAUUUUCAAGUACAUGAAAGGGCUCAGACUGAAGAAAAAGCUUAUGAGUGUAAGCAAUGUGGUAAAAUUCUCAGCUGUUCAAGUUCCCUUCAGCUACACAAAAGAAUCCAUACCGGAGAGAAACCACAUGAAUGUAAACAGUGUGGUAAAGCCUUCACUGUUCUGAGUAGUCUUCAUGUACAUGAAAUAUCUCACACUCAUGAAAAGCUUUAUCAGUGCAAGCAACCUGGUAGAGUUUUCACUCUUAGUAAUCUUAUAUUGGACAGAAAGAAAGCUGAAGGAAAUGCCUGUGAAUGUAAACACUGUGGCAAGUCCUUUGUUUCUCGAUAUUUACUUCAAAUGCAUGAAAGGUCUCAUUCUGCAGAGAAACGCUAUGAAUGUAAGGUGUGCGGUAAAACCUUCAUUUAUCCCUCUUUUCUUCAAAGACAUGAAAGAACGCAUACUGGAGAAAAACCUUAUGAAUGUAAACAGUGUGGUAAGGCCUUCAGAGUUCAGAGCUCCCUUCGAUUACAUGAAAGAACUCACUCUGAGGAAAAACCAUAUGAAUGUAAACACUGUAGUAAAGCCUUCUGGCGUUUCCCUUCUCUUCAAGUACAUGAAAGAAUCCAUACUGGAGAAAAACCCUUUGAGUGUAAACAAUGUGGUAAAGCCUUCAGAUGUCACAGUUCCCUUCAAAGACAUGAAAGAACUCAUAGUCAUGAAAAACCAUAUGAAUGUGAACAGUGUGGUAAGGCCUUUAGAUGUCAUCGAUCCCUUCAAAGACAUGGAAAAACUCAUGCUGGAGAAAAAGCACCAUGAAACUAGAGUUAUGAAAAAUUUUUAGACUUUCCAUUUUCUAAUGCUUGAAAAUACUCCUGGGAAAAUAUGGUGGUAUAAAACAAGUGUUGAAAGCUGCAGAAUUUUGUUUUUGUUUUGUUUUAAUCCUAGAGUUCCUAAAGAAAGACCUAUCAAACUGUUAAGAUGUUCAGUUCCAAGCUUAGUAUGGUGAUGCAUGCCUUUAAUCCCAACACACGGGAGGCAGAGGCAGUCAGAUCUCUUUAGUUCAAGGCCAGACUACAAAGUGAAUUACAAGACAGCCAGGGCUACACAGAGAAACCUUGUCUUAAAAAACAAAUGAUGUUCAGUUUUACUUGAAGACUUGAAUACCUUUGGUGGAACACAAAUGUGAUUUGAGGAUACCUAAUUUUUCAUAAUCUUAAUGAAUAAUCACAUGAUAAUGCGAAUAAAGUUAGCUCUUACAAGAAUAAAUGUUGGAUUGAAACUAGUUUGGAAAGUAAAGAUCGUAAAAUUUUAACUACACUAAAAGUCAUGAAGACUAUUGGAAAUAAAUCUUAAGUAUUUUGAAAUCCUGGUGCAAACUAACCUAUAAUGCAUAGAUUUUCUUAUAUCAUGAAUGUAUUAUAUAGGUUAUGAAUAUAUUGUGUUACCAGUGAUUUGUGUUUAAUGGUCAUCAUAGGAGGGCUUAGUGGUACAGGCCUGUAGUGUUAGCUGCUCAGGUGGCUGAUGGAGAAUUGCAAAGUCAGGACCUGCCCAAGCAAUUUAAGUCCUAUUUUGUAAUCAAAAGCUGAAGAGUACUGGGAAUGUUGUUCAUUAUGUAGAAUACUUGGCCUGGCACGCAUGAGACUAUUAAAUUCAAUCCCUAGUACUCUUACCAAAAAAAUGAGAGGGUGUUGCCAUUUUAAGAGAGGCAUGCAUUGAGGUGAAAUUUCUUAAGUAUGCUCUUCAGCAAUAGAGGUAGUUAGUGAUAUAUACCUUGUCGAAGAAUUUUAUAAUUAUGUGUGAAGAUCAUUGUGUCUUGUUAUUUUUCCUGAUGCUGUGAUAAAAUAUUCCAAGAGAAACAAGUUAAGAAGGGUUUCAUUUGGCUUAGAGGUUGAGCCAUGUCACAGACUGACAAAUCACAGCAAGAGGAGCAUGUGGGAACUUGCCACACUGUAUCUAUAGUUAGAGUGAUGAGUGCUCAUGAUCACCUAGUUUUCUCCCUUUCAUACAGUCUGGACCCAAACCUAGGAAAUAGUACCACUCCUUUCACGGUGAGUCUUCCUGUCUCAACUUAAAUCCCUUAUAGACAAGCCCUGAGGCUCAUUUCCCAAGUGAUUCUAGAGCUUCACAAGAUAAUAGUAUCUAUCACAAAUGUAUCCUACACUACUCCAAACAUGCAGUUUUACUGCUUACUUUAGGCAAGGGUAACUGUAAUUGUUUUGGAAACUGAAAAUAUUUGCUGUAAAUAUAUGAAAGGAUAAUGGUAUAAAGGUUAAUGCAACACUUAUGAAGGCCCCAUAUUGUGAUUGGAGUCCUCUAGAGUAACUGUUGCUCUGGGUGUUAGUAAGUUACUGUUUAGUGAAUGGUAAGGACAUUACUGUACACUAAUAUUACAACUAUUAACUUUAUAAAACUGUAGUCUUAGAUUUUAUUGUCUAUAAAAUAUUUACCUUAGAAAAUUAGCUCAAUACCUUUUCACUUUGCAAAAUUAGAAAUUUGGAUGCUUUUCUACUAUCCUAGACACUGAUCGGUUUGCAAGUAAAAAAAAAUGGUGUACCUUUAGAUUAAAUUGUGUUAGAAAGCUUGGUUUUAAAAAUUGCUUCUAAUUUACCAAAAAUGUACUUUAAAAAAAAAAAGAUUCUUUGGUAAAUUUUAGUUUGGGAUUAUUUGAUUUGGAAUAAUAUAGUAGUUUCUGAAAUGGUCCUAAAUGUAUUUUAUACUAAUUUAUGUGAAGGGCACUCAGCAUUGAUUCAAUUCUAGAAAACAUUGGUUCUCUAUAUUUUGCAUUCUAAAUUAUUCAGGUAAGAUGAUGAUGAUUUUUGAUUGUGUCGUCCUGACCUGGAACUCAGUAUGUACACCGGGCUGGCCUCUAAUUCAGAGAUUCACCUGCCUCUGCCUCUGCCUCUUGAGUGCUGACAUUAAAGGCGAGUGCCACAUUCAGGUAAAAUUUAAUACUUGGUGUAAAAAUAAGCAUCUCAUAUCAGUGUGAAAAUUUGCUUUCAUCUUUAACAAAUAGUAAAGUUGCUUACUAAAGAAUUUUUAAAAUAGAUUUUUUAAAGACUUUUAGAUUACAGUUAUUUUGUGUCUGUGUGUUUGUAUAAAGAGAAGCAAUAUAGCCAGAAGCUGAUUCAUGCAGUGUGAAGAGCUGCCAAAUAAAAUUUUGCUUGUGUCAUGUUGA